AUGAGAAGCUGUAGACGGGAAGUGAGCAUCAACCAGCUGGUCCAACCUCCGCUCUGGGCUCCCAAAAUCAUCUACAGCCUGGCUAAAGAGAUCUACCACUACGUGGGCGAGGACAUUGUUAUUUAUGAAACCAUAGACUCCUAUGGUGCCAUCAUGUGGCCAGCGGCGUUGGCUCUGUGCUCCUUCCUGGAAAAUAACAGGGAGAUAGUCAACCUGCAGGGGGCGCAGGUGCUGGAGCUGGGAGCAGGGACAGGGCUGGUGUCCAUUGUGGCCAGUCUGCUUGGAGCUUCAGUCACAGCCACUGAUCUGCCUGUUGUGCUGAGUAACCUUAGGGCUAAUGUGUUGAGGAACACCAGGGGGCGUUGCAGGGAAUUGCCCAAGGUGGAUGUUCUUUCCUGGAGCUUUGACCUCAAACGCUCACACCCCACGGGGGUCCACCAGUACGACUACAUACUGGCAGCUGACGUGGUUUACCAACACGACUUCUUAGAGGAGCUCCUAGCUACGAUGAAACAUUUCUGUGGACCAGGGACGGCUGUGAUCUGGGCCAACAAGGUCAGACUGGGGUCGGACCUGACCUUCACUGAGAACUUUAAAAAGGCCUUCCACACAAGUCUACUGUUUGAGGACGGAGACAUGAAGAUCUUCAAGGGGACGUGCAGAAGGAGCUGA